ACUCAAGAAAGAUGGCUGCGGUGACAGCCGAGCAGUUUGCAGCUCUCCAGAUUCUGCUCAAGGCCUCCUCGAAAGAUGUUGUUAGACAGCUGUGUCAGGAGAGCUUUUCCAGUUCAUCCCUUGGCUCAAAAAAACUCUUGGAUAUAACAUGUUCCAGCUUGUCUGUGACCCAGGAGGAGGCAGAUCAACUACUCCAGUCUCUGCACCACCUCACAAGGCUGGCAGUGUUCCGGGACCUGUCCUCCGCCGAGGCAAUUCUGGCUCUCUUUCCUGAAAAUUUCCACCAAAACCUCAAAAACCUGCUGACAAAAAUCAUCCUGGAACACAUAUCUACGUGGAGAACUGAAGCCCAGGCAAAUCAGAUCUCUCUGCCACGCCUGGUCGACCUGGACUGGAGAGUGGACAUCAAAACCUCCUCAGACAGCAUCAGUCGGAUGGCGGUGCCCACCUGCCUGCUCCAGAUGAAGAUCCAGGAUGAUCCCAGUCUGUGUGGGGACAAACCCUCCGUCUCAGCUGUCACCAUGGAGCUGAGCAAAGAAAUGCUGGACACUAUGUUAGAUGGGCUGGGCCGCAUCCGAGACCAGCUCUCUGCUGUGGCCAACAAGUGACCCCAGCCAGCUGCUGGCCCCUCCCCCUCCACGCCUCAGCGGUUCGUCAGCAGUGGCGCACCUGUGACACGCACACUGCCCACACAGCAGCAGCUGCAGCCGACAGCAGGCAGGGUGGCGGGGCAGAAGGGGUGGCCGCCAUCCAGAAGGCACAGUCCAAUUGGAAGGAAGCCGCCAAGCUCGUCACCGUCCUCCUCGCUCAUCUUUUUUUCUUUUUCUGAAGCUGGUGAGCAGAAGCCUCCAUCUUUCACUGUUCUGUGUGACUUAAUUACCACUGUGGCAGUGGGAAGGAACAUUUGUGUUAUCAGCUGCCUCUGUUUGGCUGUUGGAGAAAUUCAGGCCCAAGGUUUGGAGCUUGUCUAAUAAGUUCAUUUCUAACAUUAGCUCUCAUUAGUUCAUUUCCAGCCUUGGAACACAUGGAGUGAAGCGGUAGGUAACCUAGCAGUUCCUGCUUCUCUGUAAGAGAAGCCGAGCAAAUCCCACAAAGCAGUGCCACUGCAGAGCAGCCUGUGCCCUCCCAUAACCCCAGAACCCUCCCUGAGCAUCCCCCAGCCCUGCCGGAUGCCCUCUUCAGUAUUAGAAGUCUGAAGUGGCUCCUAAUUCUCCAGGAAGCCAUGAAGCCACGGGCUCCUUCCUUACUAAAAUACAGCCACUCCAGGGCAAAGAAGUGGGAGUAAUUGGAAAUAAAUGACAUUUUUAAAAUUUUCGUGAUUCUGGUCAUGUGUUUUGUAGCUUCUGUCCUUUCCGAAGUUGUCACUUUAGGCCAGUGCUGUCUCUCAUUCUUAAAGAGGAUCCCAGCCUUCCAGUUCCCAGCCAAGCCCAUGGCCCACGUGUGACGUGAAACCAGGCCUAUGAACCUCACAAGCAUCCAUGUUUCUGUCUGUCCCGUAGAGCAAGAAGAAAGCAAGGUUGAUGGUCAGUAUGUGCUUGUACAAGAGCUAUGAUGAAGGCACUUCUGUCUUAGUAAUCCAGCGCUGCUAUAACAAAAAUACCACAAAUGGGUAGCUUUAACAAACAGAAGUUUAUUCUCUCACAG